AUGCAGCGCGCUCUGUCUACCCGGACUUCGGUCCUUUCCGCCGCUUCCAAGCGUGCCCCUUUCUACCGCUCCGGUUUGAACCUCCAACAGCAGCGUUUUGCUCACAAGGAGCUCAAGUUCGGUGUUGAAGCCCGUGCCAACCUCCUCAAGGGUGUUGACACCCUGGCCAAGGCCGUCACCUCCACUCUGGGUCCUAAGGGUCGCAACGUCUUGAUCGAAUCCCCCUACGGCUCCCCCAAGAUCACCAAGGAUGGCGUGACUGUCGCCAAGGCUGUUACUCUGCAGGACAAGUUCGAGAACCUCGGUGCCCGUCUCCUCCAGGAUGUCGCCUCCAAGACCAACGAGACUGCCGGUGACGGUACCACCACCGCUACCGUUCUGGCCCGUGCCAUCUUCUCCGAGACCGUGAAGAACGUCGCCGCUGGCUGCAACCCCAUGGAUCUGCGCCGCGGUAUCCAGGCCGCCGUCGAGGCCACCGUCCAGUACCUCGUCGAGAACAAGCGUGCCAUCACCACCGGUGAGGAGAUCGCUCAGGUCGCCACCAUCUCCGCCAACGGCGACACUGCCAUCGGUAAGCUCAUCUCCACCGCCAUGGAGCGCGUCGGAAAGGAAGGUGUCAUCACCGUCAAGGAGGGCAAGACCGUGGAGGACGAGCUCGAGUCCCAGAAGGUCGAGUUCGAGAAGCCCCUGAUCCUGCUCUCUGAGAAGAAGAUCUCUGCUGUCCAGGACAUUAUCCCUGCCCUGGAGGCCUCCACCACCCUUCGCCGCCCCCUGGUCAUCAUCGCCGAGGACAUCGAGGGUGAGGCUCUUGCUGUCUGCAUCCUGAACAAGCUGCGCGGACAGCUCCAGGUCGCCGCCGUCAAGGCCCCCGGCUUCGGUGACAACCGCAAGAGCAUUCUGGGUGAUCUGGCUGUUCUGACCAACGGUACCGUCUUCACUGACGAGCUCGACAUCAAGCUCGAGAAGCUCACUCCCGAGAUGCUCGGUACCACCGGUGCCAUUACCAUCACCAAGGAGGACACCAUCAUUCUCAACGGUGAGGGCAGCAAGGACAGCAUUGCCCAGCGCUGCGAGCAGAUCCGCGGCGUCAUGGCCGACCCCGGUACCUCCGAGUACGAGAAGGAGAAGCUCCAGGAGCGUCUCGCCAAGCUCUCUGGUGGUGUCGCCGUCAUCAAGGUCGGUGGCUCCUCCGAGGUUGAGGUUGGUGAGAAGAAGGACCGUGUCGUGGAUGCCCUGAACGCCACCCGCGCUGCCGUUGAGGAGGGUAUCCUCCCCGGUGGUGGUACCGCUCUUCUGAAGGCCUCCGCCAACGCCCUGGAGAACGUCAAGCCUGCCAACUUCGAUCAGCAGCUCGGUGUCUCCAUCAUCAAGAGCGCUAUCACCCGCCCCGCCCGCACCAUCGUCGAGAACGCCGGUCUUGAGGGUAGCGUCAUUGUCGGCAAGCUCACCGACGAGUUCGCCAAGGACUUCAACCGUGGAUUCGACAGCUCCAAGGGCGAGUACGUUGAUAUGAUCGCCAGCGGUAUCGUCGACCCCCUCAAGGUUGUCCGCACUGGUCUGGUUGAUGCCAGCGGUGUUGCCUCCCUGCUCGGUACGACCGAGGUUGUCAUCGUCGAUGCUCCCGAGGAGAAGGGCCCUGCUGCCCCUGCUGGUGGCAUGGGUGGUAUGGGUGGUAUGGGCGGCAUGGGCGGUGGUAUGUUCUAA